ACUUAUUCAUCAUCAUGACAUCAAAAAACACGAAUUCCUUAAAUUACAUUAAUGUUGAUAUUUUGAGCAAUGUAUCAAAGGAAACAUUUAAUGAUUUAUAUAAAAAGAGACGGCCCAUUGUGUUGCGAGGGGUGGACAUAGGCCCAUGUGUAGAAAGAUGGACAGUGGACUACCUUGCAAGCAAGGGUGGGGAUAGGGAGGUGAAGAUUCAUGUCUCCAAGACAUCUCAGAUGGACUUCAUUAACAAGAACUUCAUGUACAGAUCACUUCCUUUCUCUGAACUUGUGAAAAGAGCCUCGAAAACAAAACAAGAAGAAUAUUUUGCUGAAGAGACAGAAAAAUAUUACCUCCGGGCACUAGGUGAUGAUCCUCGCAAAGACAUUGCAGACAUUCGUGUCCAGUUUCCAAAUCUUGCUUCAGACAUAAAUAUUCCACCGUUCUUUCCUGAAGAGAAGUUCUUUUCUUCUGUCUUCCGCAUUGCCUCCCCUGAUCUCCAGCUGUGGACACAUUAUGAUGUAAUGGACAACUUCUUGAUCCAAGUUCAAGGUCGCAAGAGAGUCGUGCUGUUCAGUCCAAGUUCGGUCAAUUUUCUCUACAUGAACGGUGACAAAUCGGAAGUUCUUGAGAUUGACACGGUGGACACUUUUCGUUUUCCGUUGUUCAGCAAGGCAGAGAGAUAUGAAGUGAUCUUGGAGCCAGGGGACAUCCUUUUUAUUCCUGCCCUCUGGUUUCACAAUGUGAUAUCCCUGGAGUUUGGUGUAGCUGUGAAUGUGUUCUGGAAGCACCUGGACGACAACAUGUAUGACACCAAGGAUACGUACGGUAACAAGGACCUGCUCCCGGCAACGCGGGCGUUUCAGAUCACAGACCGCGCAAUCAAAGCUUUGGAAGAAAUGCCUGCAGAAUACAGGGACUUUUAUGCACGUAGGCUUAUCAGUCGGAUAGAACAGAAGGCCGUGAAUCAUGGUGAUAAAUCAGAUGAUGGAUUUCAUAGUGAUAAACCUGAUAAUGAAUUUCAUAGUGUUAAACUUGAUGAUGAAUUUCAUAGGGUUAAACUUGAAGAUUGAUAACAAAGUGUUGAACCUGAUGGUGAAUUUCAUGUGUCAAAAAGGUCAUCAUGUACAAUCUAAGAAAAACCUUGUUUUUGCUCUCAGUACACAGUUUUAACUCAAUCUUGAUGAUGCUUUGUCAGUAUGGUAAUCUUGACAUUACCUAGGCCGAGUUUGAAUUUUGGUAAAAUAGUUAAAAACUAGAUCACUAUGUUAAACUCUGGAAACCACAUUUAUAACUGAAGGUUAACAUUGUUACUUUGACAAUGCUGGGUCAAAGUUGAAUCUGGACAAGUGGGGUCAAAAAGUAGGUAACUAGAAACGAAUCAUAGAAACAACAUCUACUAUAGAAGCCAAAUUUAUGAUUCAAUCAUGAUAAAGGACUUUGGUCGAAAUGUUUCCUUUCACCAUUUCUACAUGAAAACUAUUUUCGAAUCUGGUCUAGUGGAGUCAAGAACAGGGUCACCAGGUCAAACAUCUGAUCUAGAAGCCAUGGUUAUUACCGUACACAAUCUUGAUAAAACAAGGUCAGAUUGUUUAUCUUGACAAUAUCAAGGCCAUGUUUUUAUUCUGGGUCAUGCUUGGUGAGUCUGGAUCAAGUGGGGUAAAGAACUUAAUCACCGGGUCAAGUUUUUUUACUAUUGGUAAACCUCGAAUGCAGAUAGGUGCUUUUGAGCAGUUAUGGCAAAUGUAAGGACCUAUACGAAUAUAUGAGUGAUAGAUACCAUGGAGGGUCCAGACAUUCCUUGAACAUUGCGUUUAAGGUGGUAGGGUGCUUUCCUGAAGUAUUUCCAAAAUCACAACCAUGGGCUCAGGAAUGGAAAACAAACAGGGAAUAAUCGGUUUAUAUUAUUUAUGUCCUUACUGCUGUUACAGCAUAUUGGUGAGGGCGUUUGCCUAUGGUGUGUGAGAUUGAUUGUACGUGUCUCGCACCGGCACAGGUUGGCUUGUUCUUAUGUGCGGCUGCUUGCACAGCAGCGAGUGUUCAGUAUUAUCACAGAGUUCCUAUUCCAUACAGUUUAGGUCAAGUGCAGGGAGUAUUGGAUAUGAUUCGGACGUAAUGAUGUUCAACAGUAAAUUUGUGCCAUGAAUCUAAUUGGGUGGCUCUUAAAGGGAUCUUUUCACGGUUUGGUAAAUUGACAAAAUUGAAAAAAGUUGAUUUAGAUUCGCAAGUUUUCAUUUUAGUUAUAUUUGUGAGGAAACAGUAUUACUGAACAUUUACCAUAGUCCAAUAUAGCCAUUAUAUGUAUCUUUUGACGAUUUGAAAACCUAAAAAUUAUAAAGGACCUGCUCCCGGCAACGCGGGCGUUUCAGAUCACAGACCGCGCAAUCAAAGCUUUGGAAGAAAUGCCUGCAGAAUACAGGGACUUUUAUGCACGUAGGCUUAUCAGUCGGAUAGAACAGAAGGCCGUGAAUCAUGGUGAUAAAUCAGAUGAUGGAUUUCAUAGUGAUAAACCUGAUAAUGAAUUUCAUAGUGUUAAACUUGAUGAUGAAUUUCAUAGGGUUAAACUUGAAGAUUGAUAACAAAGUGUUGAACCUGAUGGUGAAUUUCAUGUGUCAAAAAGGUCAUCAUGUACAAUCUAAGAAAAACCUUGUUUUUGCUCUCAGUACACAGUUUUAACUCAAUCUUGAUGAUGCUUUGUCAGUAUGGUAAUCUUGACAUUACCUAGGCCGAGUUUGAAUUUUGGUAAAAUAGUUAAAAACUAGAUCACUAUGUUAAACUCUGGAAACCACAUUUAUAACUGAAGGUUAACAUUGUUACUUUGACAAUGCUGGGUCAAAGUUGAAUCUGGACAAGUGGGGUCAAAAAGUAGGUAACUAGAAACGAAUCAUAGAAACAACAUCUACUAUAGAAGCCAAAUGUAUGAUUCAAUCAUGAUAAAGGACUUUGGUCGAAAUGUUUCCUUUCACCAUUUCUACAUGAAAACUAUUUUCGAAUCUGGUCUAGUGGAGUCAAGAACAGGGUCACCAGGUCAAACAUCUGAUCAAACAAGGUCAGAUUGUUUAUCUUGACAAUAUCAAGGCCAUGUUUUUAUUCUGGGUCAUGCUUGGUGAGUCUGGAUCAAGUGGGGUAAAGAACUUAAUCACCGGGUCAAGUUUUUUGACUAUUGGUAAACCUCGAAUGCAGAUAGGUGCUUUUGAGCAGUUAUGGCAAAUGUAAGGACCUAUACGAAUAUAUGAGUGAUAGAUACCAUGGAGGGUCCAGACAUUCCUUGAACAUUGCGUUUAAGGUGGUAGGGUGCUUUCCUGAAGUAUUUCCAAAAUCACAACCAUGGGCUCAGGAAUGGAAAACAAACAGGGAAUAAUCGGUUUAUAUUAUUUAUGUCCUUACUGCUGUUACAGCAUAUUGGUGAGGGCGUUUGCCUAUGGUGUGUGAGAUUGAUUGUACGUGUCUCGCACCGGCACAGGUUGGCUUGUUCUUAUGUGCGGCUGCUUGCACAGCAGCGAGUGUUCAGUAUUAUCACAGAGUUCCUAUUCCAUACAGUUUAGGUCAAGUGCAGGGAGUAUUGGAUAUGAUUCGGACGUAAUGAUGUUCAACAGUAAAUUUGUGCCAUGAAUCUAAUUGGGUGGCUCUUAAAGGGAUCUUUUCACGGUUUGGUAAAUUGACAAAAUUGAAAAAAGUUGAUUUAGAUUCGCAAGUUUUCAUUUUAGUUAUAUUUGUGAGAAAACAGUAUUACUGAACAUUUACCAUAGUCCAAUAUAGCCAUUAUAUGUAUCUUUUGACGAUUUGAAAACCUAAAAAUUAUAAAGCGUUGCAACGCGAAACGAUUGAAUAAUUUGGAGAGUUCUGUUGUUGUCGUUAAAAUUUACGAAACUACGAAGAUUGCUUAUAUAAGGUAUAAAAUACUUAUACUGUGUACACCCGGCAGAAUAGCCGAGAGGGCUUAUGCAUUUUUACUUCAGACUAACUCCAGGACUCCGAGGGUCACUGGUUCGAGCCGUGGUACCGGCUACUUUUUUUUCCUUUUUUAAAUUUUAUUCUUGAUUUUUUACUGGAGGUUUUAAGAUCCAAUGUUAACAUUUAUCAAUAUAAAGCAUGACAAACUUCAAAAUAUGCCAAAAUCUGUGAAAAGGCCCCUUUAAUUGAGAGGCAUGAAGCUAUAAUAAAAUACACAUAAAACGUAGAGAUGUUAUUUGGUUUGUACAAAAAUGCGCAAAGUGCUUGUGCAUUACGUGUGAAUUCCAUUGACUGGUCGUUGGACUAUAUAGCGUUAUUGAAAGCCUGCCUACCUGAUAUUUAUGUUCAGAUGUUUUGUAUGAAAUUAUUAUUGUCAAAAUACAAUUUCUAUAUGAUUACUCAAACAUGAUACUUUAUGAUACAAAUGAAAAUGGAACUAAAGGGGUUUGCAAUUGAAAAUAGGUCGCUAUGUCAUCUUUAAAGUAAAUAAAUUGCUUACCUUAACUGUUCACAAUUCUGGAGGCGAGUCAUUAGAUAAGUAAUGGGAACCAUUGAUUUUUGUAAUAUUAUGAUAGAAACUUAAUAUGAAUUUAAGUAAGUUUCGUGUCGUGUGUCUGUGAUAUACAUGUGUAAGUAGUAUAACGAAAACUGAGUUUGUUUUUGUGUUUUAGUAAUUGAAAAGCAUAGUAUGAACUAAUGUAUUAAGUAUUUGUGUGUCUUGUUUAAGAAUGAAACACAAUAAAAACUGGAUACAUUGA